GUUUGGAGCAGUUCAUGCUGAGCUCUGCUAGAGGAACAGGAGAGUCGGACGUGCAGAAGCUGAUCAUGGCUGUAACAGGAGAUGAAACAGCUGCCACUGGAGACAUGCCAGCUUACCAGAUUGGAACUCCAAGUACUACCUUACCUCAGGGAGUGGUAAUGGCAGCCUCACCAGGGACUUUGCACAGCCCUCAGCAACUGGCAGAAGAGGCAACACGCAAGAGAGAGCUGAGACUUAUGAAAAAUAGGGAAGCUGCCAGAGAAUGUCGCAGAAAGAAGAAAGAAUAUGUCAAAUGUCUUGAAAACCGUGUGGCUGUGCUUGAAAACCAAAACAAGACUCUCAUUGAGGAACUCAAGGCCCUCAAAGAUCUUUAUUGUCAUAAAGCAGAAUAACUGUCUUUCAUUUGGACCUCGUUUAUUAUGAACUUUAAUCAAGGCAUGAGAGGAAGCAAUUCUACAGAUUGCCAUGUGAACUUGAGAAAGAGACACUUGAGGCUCUUGUGGAACCCAGUUUUGCUUAGUGUUUUCAGACUGAUUUGGAAGUUAUUCCAAAAUUUGGAAUUCUGUCAUAGUCUCCUUACUCUGCUGAGCUUUCUAAUGGCAUGCAAAUGGCUUUUUUGUUUGCACUUUUUACUUCUGCUUUUUGCAGGAAAGCUGCUAAAGAAUGUCGACGUCGGAAGAAAGAAUACAUUUUAUGUCUGGAGAGUCGUGCUGCAGUGCUAGAAGUUCAGAACAAGAAACUUCUAGAGGAGCUUGAAACCCUAAAAAGCAUUUACUCUUCCAAAGCAGAUUAGUAAAGAUAUUUAUUAUACUGUGAACUGAUUAAAAUAUAGUUGCUUUAUAAGGCAAUACAUAGCCAACCUGAAUUAUGGCUUUUUCUUUGUGUCAUUUAUAUUAUAUUCCAACUCCUAACAUUCCUGAAAUGCUUUCCUGCUUUUUGUCAAUUCAUAGCUCUAAUUUCAGGUUUUUCGUGCUUUUCCCUUCCAUCUCCCAAGGAGCCAAAUGUUAAAAAAAAAAAAAGUAACAAAGUAAACCUGCAUCAUUUCUAAGAGCUGUUUCUUUGCCAUAUAUUUACAUACUACUUUUUACAUGUUACUGAGUGUCCUGCACAUACAAAGUAUUUUACAAUUGUUUUAGAUUAAUCAUAAAUAUAAUGCAUCUAGUAAUACAAGAAAAUCAAACAACCCAAGGUAUCUCAGGAAAGAGUUUAUAAAAGAAUGUUAUGAUUACAUAUAUGUACUAGCAUACUAGUCUACAGAUGAUUUUAUGGCAUAUUUUUAUAUUAGUUGCUUUGUGGAAAAAAAGUCUUGUAUUGCUGUCACUGAGUGCCAUGUUUGAAGAUAGUUUUUAAUAGAACCAUGUUGUU